CGGACCUCUACUCUUGUGGAAAGUGAAAGUAUGGGACCGUUAAUUCGUGGAAUAUUUAGAUUUGCCACCACUUUUCUGGUACUUACUUUUUUUCAGCUGUAGUUUGUUAACAAACGUAAGUGCCUCAGCAAAAAGUGACCAUGACCAGCGAGAUUGCUUACCCGGUCUUGCUGCAUUUCCAGAAUGCGUUUCUGCAGUUGCAGAACCGGAAAAAAAGCGAGAAGGACCACAGAAUCGGUACGUUACCGAAAGCACAUCCAACAGUAGACCUCCCAGAGGAGGAUUCUACUCGCCCACCAACCUCAUCCGGGGCUACGUUUAUGGCGUUCCGACUGGGGCAAAAGAUCGGGAAGCACCUGCUGCGAAAGAAGGUGAUCAGCGAGCACCGGGAUGCCGUGAAAUUUCUGUGCCGCGAGGUGUGGAGCUUUUGCUUCGGGAAGCAGGCUAUGGAUUGUAAAAGUGUCUGGGUCUGGAAGAGUCGGGACUUGCCAUGCACAUUUUGCAUGACCCGUGAGGUCUGUGAUGCUGGUGCUAGCAUCACAGAUUUUUUGCGAGCUUCUUGAUGCUAAUUACGCAUGACAAAUGCCCUCUCGGCGUGCCAAGAACUGACUCCUCUCGCUGCUCAUGCAACACAGAUAUUUUUAGAAUCCGCAGACAGCAUUACAAGUUGCAUUCUUCCAGACCCAGACAUUUUUACAUUUGAUACAUUCGGACCGGCUGCAGGUGAACCGCGAUACGGGAGGCUUUGUGCUAUGAAGUGUAAAAAUGUCUGGGUCUGGAAGAAUGCAACUUGUGAUGCGCAUUUCAGAACACACAAAAAUCUCUCAUGCAUAGGUAGCAAAAGCUGCUCACUUUCUGUCACCAAAAUGGGGGAUUUGUCAUGCGGGUUCGGCAUUGCGGAAGCUUCUCGAAACCUGUGAUGCCAGAGCUUCCAUGACAGACCUUCUGUGUCAUGCAGAAACAGCAUGACUCUUCCAGACCCAGACAUUUUUACAUUUGAUAUGUGCUGUGGGACAACGACUUUCGGCCCGUGAGGCACCUGGUAUGCCACUUGACGGUAGCCGCGUCCGCGGCGGCACCUGCUGCAACAAACACCACGCCUGUGGCGGGAGGGCAGGCAAAAACUGUCGCGAAUCCGCACGAACAGCAUUUGCAGAACGCGUUGGUAUUCUAUGCCGACAUACUCAAGGGCGUGAUCACGUUUUUGCGUGCGGAAUUUGCGCUGCGCGACAGCAAGGCGGAUUUGAAAUUACUGGAGCUGAUGUAUUGAGAGGAAAAAUCCCCCCUCCCCAUAUUGAAAAGGCAUGUUUCCGAAAAUUUGUGUUGCUGAUUUGAGGUCACAGAUCACAUUUGUUUUGCAAGAAGGCAAGGGCAGAAGCUUCCACCCCAUUGCGGAGUCGAUUUGUCAUGCUGUUGGGCCUAAAGGGGGGCCGCUUGCCAUGCUGAACAACUAGGCGCAUACGCCCCUACCUAGCCUGGGGACCUGACUGCAAUGCUUUCCUGCAAUACAAAGCUGAUUUGUGUACUCAAAUCCAGCAUCAGAAGUUUCGUUUUGAUAUGGGGAGGGGGGAUUUUUCAUUCUGAUAUGAUGCUGGAGAAGAACAGGGAGAAUUUUGAGGACGGGUCGAGGGAACCAGGAGCGGCCAGAGACCCGCAAGCAGAGCGGGAGGUAAACGUGAUCGUGACUUUUGAAAAUACAAAAGGUUCAUCACAGUGCAUCUUUUACCUGGACUUUCAAAUCGAGCCAGAAAUAGAGCAGACAGAAGGUCGGAGGAAUAGUACAACGAGAAAGGAUGUUGAGGCGACAGCGCCAGAUUUGAAACAGAAAACGAAAGUAGAUACAACUGCCGGGUAUGGCAGCAGUCAGUUUACAGUCGAAAAAGAUACCAAAGAAACAUGA